AUGUCUCUUAAGCACCUCGCAGUCUCCACUUUCCUCUUCGCUCUCGCCGGCGCGAGCGCCAUCGACAAACGCGCUGAUGGAGGGUAUAUCCAGAACGCCUCGGGUUCUGCUUCCUUCACUCAGUACUCUGGCUGUGGCUCGCCAGCGUGCGGUAUCCCCGCCUCCGGGUUCACCGCCGCUAUGUCGCAGCUCGCCUUUGGCUCUGCCUCCGGCUUGGGUGCCGGCGACGCGUGUGGUCGCUGCUUCGCGGUGACCGGCAGCGCGGACCCCUACUCGCCCGGCUUCACUGGUCCGUUCAGCACGGUCGUCGUCAAGAUCACGGACUUGUGCCCCGCACAAGGUAAUGAGGAGUGGUGCGGGCAAUCACAAAGCAGUCCGACGAACCAGCACGGCGCGUCCGUUCACUUUGACCUUUGCGAGGAUUCCGGCGCCGCUGGCGCCUUCUUCCCGUCUGGCCAUGGCGCUCUCACUGGAUCCUACCAAGAAGUUCCAUGCAGCCAGUGGUCUGGUAGCGACGGUAACCCUCUCUGGACCGGUGCGUGCCUCUCCGGAGAGAACGCAUCCAUCUGGCCUUCGACGGGCUGUGGCAACAAGGGAACUGCCCCUUGA